AAUUACAGGUUGGAAACCAGAAUAUUUCAAAGGGGAGGUGAAAAGGUUGGAGCAGAGUGACUGCUACAUAAUGAAGUGUCCAGUGAUCGUGUCCAGGCUGGGCCAAGAGAGUGUCCACUGCUGGUCCACAUUCAUUCAGCUAAUGGGCUCAGAGGCCUGGGGUGUCAUCCCAGCCAGAGAUGGAGGUCUUGUUCACAUCCCAAAGCAGAGACUGGAUCUGGUCGGAAGAGGUUCCUACUUGGAGGAAAGCCUGCGCCUAAAAUCCGAGCCCACCAGUUCCUUAACCUUCACAGUGACCGAAAACAGGGACUUUGCGUUGGUCGGCGUCCUGGCGGCUGGGGCGCUCCAGGUCCAGCAAUGCCAGGAGGCCCAAGGAGCUCUGGGGACGCAGGCUUUCUAUAGGGUGGUCCUGAGCCUGGGGUUUGCUGAGGUGGCCGCCCCCAUCCUCUGGACGGUGGAGAGCUCCUUCCACUGUGAGCAGAGCCCCGCCUAGCUACCAGGAAGUCCCCUCCUGCUGGAAGUGUCACAGGGGCAUGUGGCUGCCUACUAGCCCAUGCGGGGGCCCUGGCAGGCCAGCAAGGAGGCCCAGCCAUUGACAAAGCCCUUGAUGACCAGCCUGGCUGAAGAGGUGCUGUGUUCCCGCCGCUCGCCUGGAGAGCCCCCGGAAACAUCCUCCAGGAUGGAAGCUGGGGGGCUACCCAGGGAGGCCAGAGGGCACCUGGACCUCUCGUUCCCAGAACCAAGUCAGGACCUGGAGGGGACGCACCCUCCUUCUGGGGAUGGAUGCCACAGCACUGCCCCAGUGGUGAAUACUUCCAAGUCAGCCUGUAGCUGGCCAGUGGGGCAGGCUGAGAGGGGGGCCACACACACGUCCAGCAACCUCAGAGCUCCCACGGACAUUUCCUCAUCCAGCCUGGCCGAGCCUAGAGACCCUUUCACCGCUGGCCAGGGUAGCCCCCGGCAGGAGCCAGCAGAGCCCACAUUGGCAACCAGCCCUGAGAGGCACAGGCCUCCUGAGCUUCAGAACAUCGCGGAGGGGCUUCUGAGAGACCCCCUUGCUGGGAUCCAUCCCAAGCAAAAGCUUAAUAGCCCCAUUUAA